CUUCAGCCAACCAGUUCCCUCCAUUUCCACAGGGCAGCUUCCAGCAGCAACAGGUGCUUCACACACCUGAUCAGCAGCAGAUCAACAGCAGCAACAGCAGGACAAAGGAAUUAGCUGAAUUAGCCGCUUUUCUUAAGGUUUAGAGGAGGAAUUUGGCUGGAGGGCAGCUGAAUAAUUUUAAUUUAUUUUAAUUUGAUCCUUUAAACAAGUGGAUUAUUGCGUUUUUUUCUCCUCAGCGUGGUUAAAGAUUGUUUGGUUCAGCCCAAACUCUCUCAAAUCCUUUUUAACCUCAGAAGGACAGAAUAACUUUUAGUUUUUUAGAAGUUUAAAGCAGUAAAAUGGCUAAUAAAGGGCUGCAGAUGUUGGGUUAUAUCCUCGCCGUCCUGGGUCUGAUCGGGAUCCUGGCGGGGACGAUCUUGCCCCAGUGGAAGAUGUCUGCCUAUGUGGGGGAUAACAUCAUCACGGCGGUGGCGAUGUACGAAGGCCUGUGGAUGUCCUGCGCCUUCCAGAGCACGGGGCAGAUGCAGUGCAAAAUCUACGACUCCAUGCUGCAGCUGAACAGGUCUCUCCAGGCCACACGGGCGCUGAUGGUUGUGUCUAUCCUCAUGACUGUGAUUGGACUGGGCGUGGCCUCCAUGGGCAUGAAGUGCACAAACUGUGGGGGUGAUGACAAAGUGAAGAAGUCCCGCAUCGCCAUGACUGGAGGAAUCAUUCUGCUUAUUGGAGCUCUGUGUGCCAUCGCUGCCUGCUCGUAUUUCUCCUAUCAGAUCAUUCAGGACUUCUACAACCCCUUCACCCCGGUCAACACAAAGUACGAGUUUGGGUCUGCCAUUUUCAUCGCCUGGGCCGGCACCUUCCUGGACGUCAUGGGCGGAGCUUUGCUGGCAGCGUCUUGCUCAAAGAACAGGAACACCGGCCCCAGAUACCACACCAAGUCCCGGCCGCCCAGCAGCUCCAAGGAGUACGUUUGAGCGCCACCUGGUGGGCAGGGUUGAGAAGAUCGUGACCUGCAGGGCGGAAGGGUGGAGGAUGUUCUGUUCUGCUGGUCUGAAACCAGUUUUAUAGUUGGCUUCACAGUGAUCCUGGUCUCAGAUCAGCUGUGUUCAGAACUUUUACCCAAAAACAGGCUGUUACCGGCCUGUCCCUGAUCCAGCUGUUUUUAAAACUAUUUUUAUUUACUUCCAUUGAUGUAAAAGUGCCUUUUACCCUGUUUUAUUGUUUUUUAUUUUUUACAGUUUCAAUAUAUGCUCGCUGUAACUAACACACAUAGAAUCAAGAAGGAGAAGCCAAAAUAAGAGCUUGAGAUUGAUUGAUUGAUUGAUUAAUUAAUCUGUAAAGUGUAAUAGAGCAGAGGAAGAGCCUGUCAUGCUCAGGGAAAACUGUGUAUAUCACUUUGAACUCAUUUUCCUAUUUAAAGCCAAAGUAAAGGCAAACAUGCCUCUCCAAACAUCUGUGUACUCUGAGUAUCUUGGAAGGCCAGACUUGAAGACUGAAAGCAAAGGUGGGGAUUGGGUAUUAGCAUAGAGUUUAUAUUCAGGUCAGCAUACACAGCACAGAAAAUUAUUUUAAAUGGAAAUUAUUAGAUAUCUAUAAAAUGAUUACUGUACUAUUAAUUAGUUAUAUAUUAAAAUGGUUCCAUAGAUUACCUGCAAAGGGAUUUUUGCUGUUGCUGCUGUACCACUGCGGUCAAAAAAACCUUGUUCUAUACUGUACAGACCCAUUUAAACCAUAUUUGAACUAUUUUUAUUAUAUUAAUCUCUAUUAAGUGCACGUUUUUUAGGUUUAAAGGGUUUUACUUUUCUGUAAAGAUUUUAGCUAUCCAUGAGGCCUUUACACUGUAAAACUUUUAUAAGGUAAUUUGUUUUUUCUUUGUAAAGGCUUUUUCCAAAAUUGUAUUAGGAAACCAAAAAGAACAAAAAAACCUUUGUCUUCCACUGCAUUGAUUGCAAUUAUUUCACCUCAAAGUGCUGUAAUUUAAAUAAAACCUAAGACUAGACUUAAAUCAUACAUUUAAUCAUGCGACUAUAAUUAUAAGACAAUUUUUUUUAUAUAUUUAAAAUGCUUUCUCUUGUUACUGUAGCUCUCAGAGACAUGCAACUUUUUUAUUUCCCUCAAUAAAUGAUAAAGUUGUCCUUUGUCUAAGCUUAAACUCUCCCCACCUUCCAGAACAAAAAUAUGCUUUUCAGUGGUUUCAGGCCGUGCCCUCUUCAGGCCUCUUUUUAAUCUCAGUGACUCAGUUUUGUGGAAGCUGUGCCCUUUUCCUCACCUGUUCUAAACCUGACAGCCUCCUUUUCUUUAAUAUUUGUUUUAACUCUGAUAGCGCUUUAUCAUCAUAGAGCUGUAACAAAACCUCUUAUAUACCUCCUCUCUUAAACCCACUCAUCUGUCUGGAGAAAUAGCUGUAGAUGUUUUUUUUGUUUUUUUCUCCUGCUGGUCCCAAUCAUUUUUCCUUAGCCAUAUCGGAUGAGAAGCUUCUUACUUUCUUUUUAAAAUGUUAUU